AUGGGCCGCAAUGAAUCGUCUCCGACGUUGCAACCAUUGACCUACGAUGCUCGACAAGACACGCUCUCGACUGCCUCGUCACGCCGAGAUGCGCCAGUCGCGAUUCCCGAUUUCGUUUUCCCUGCUCAGCCUGCUUCUUCCGAAGAACUGGUUCCCGAACUCGCAGAGCAGCCGUCGCCCGCAUCUCUCAGCCACGAAGAGUUCCGCUUUCCCGUCCAUGACAAUCGUCCUCACCGGCCUGCUGCGCUUCCCGACUUUAGCUUCAAUCCUGGUGCUUCUAUGCCCACUAGCAUUAACUCGCCCGUGCUGCUCAGUCCGCCUACCUCGCCGCACUCUCCCAACCCCACGCCCUCUCCGUCCAGACCGGUUCGCCAUGGCCACCGUAGAGGGGGCAGCGAGUUUGUCGGUGGAAGCAUACGCGAUGGUAGUUCUAUCGCUGUCAUGAGCACAAGCCCAACAAAAGACGCCGGGUUUCCUCAAUCGCUACAGCCUCCACCGCCCCGACGAGGCCAUAGAAGAGGCAUGUCAGGCGCCAUCUCUACCAAUGACCUGCCCAUUUUGCACCCGCCCGCCAUGGACUGGACUUUCAAAGGCAGCAGCGCUCCUAAUAGCCCGACCAAUUUUGACCGGGGAAUCAAUGCCACUAUGCCUCUCGCAGACGACCCUCAAUACUUAGCUGCGCUCCCUGAGCCUGUUCAGAAGCCUCCCACGCCUACACGCUCAGCUGAGCAACCAGAAGCCUCCAUGCCGCCCAGCCCUAAGCCCGCGAAAACAACCGCCAGAGCCCGUGUUGGUUUCUCAGACACUCUCGAGUUCAUCCCUCGGCCAUUGUCCCUGGUGUCUAGUGAUACAUCUAGUACCGUGACCGCGCGACCAGGACACUGCAUGUCUGAAAGCAUCUCUUCUGUUGUUUCCCCUACUUCCGUCAGUGAUGAUUACAGCCCAGUCCCUCUCUCACGCAGCCCAACCAAAGAGACACGAGAAUCGAGACCAUCGACGGCUGGUGCCAUUCUGGAGUCUUUUGCUAGCACUCAGCCCGAGCAGAUGAACACAUCCCCCAGACGCCGAAACUCUAUCCCCGCACUGAUUGGUGUCGGGGAACCUGCUACCGUCGGCCCCGCGCUGCCUAGCCCAACGAGAACACCAAAGCGCUGGUCAUUCUUCGGCCCCUCGAGCACAUCAACAAGAUCUCGCCCUAUCAGCUCAAGCUCCUCUGAUUCUGCCUCGCGCACUCACACUGUCUCCUCCUCGGACCGAGGAUCGGACUCUGAGACCGCCGAACCGUCAAAAUCGAAGCAAGAGAAGAAGAAGAGCAAAAAGUCUCGAGCACAAACUGUCAAGGGCUGGGCUGGCUCUAUUUUACCGAUCAAGAGCAAGGGGGACAAGCGCAGAUCGAAGCCCGGUGCUGUACGACCACCAACUCCCCCACCAUCUGUCACCCCAAUGGAUGAAGACGAAGAUGACGAGGAAGAAGAUGCCGCACAAGAUGCCGCUCCUGCCCCACCUGUGCGUGUUCAGCCUCCAGAGCUGCCCACGUUGGUGACACAGCAGCCGCGUCGACCAGACGAGAUCAUGUCGCCCAUGAUUGAUCUCGAUGCUGCACUUGGUCCAUUCAACACGCCACUCCCACACAAUCCCGAGUGGGAGGCGGCUCAGCGCGCCGCUGGUAGUGCUGGAAGACGCCGUCUGCACAGUGCUCAAGGUAUGAAGGGAUUCGUCGGCCCAGGUAUGCACUACCACCGACGGGCUGAAUCGGCUCCUGAUCUGCCACCGUUUGAUGCUGGUCGAGCUAUUAUCAAUAGAUUUGGUAGCAACUCUACAAUGGCGGACGUCUUCGAGGAGGAAGAGGAGGAAGAUGAAGAUGAGGGCAGUGAUGGAGGCAACACCACCGGCGCCUCAGAAAUGUGCAGCAAACCGGAAACCAACGCCGAAACUAUCAUUUUCAGUGACAGUGGCUCGGAAACUACGAGUCUCCGUGGCCUUGCUGUACGCCGAAAGAGCUCAGGACUCAGCGACAAAGAUCACAUCGGCGCUCGCUCUGUACGUGCUGAAUGCUCGAGGACUUCGCUACAUGAGAGCGUCAUUGUCGAGGAGCCCAGCAGCUCGAAGCCUGUUUUGCCAAGCCCAGUCGUUCUGCCAAGCCGCCGAGAUUCAUGGGACUCGGGUGCGCCGUCACCGAAAAGGAUUCUGCAUAUGCCAACCAACGAGCUCUUGCCUGUUGAUGCUGUUCCCCUGACACUUCCACAAGGCGCCUCGAUGCCACUAAGCCCCUACUCGAUGAGCACAGUGUCUUCGCAUCCUUCGCCAAGGUCACCCAUGUCUGAUGCUCAGCGUGUCUCCACAGCUCCCUCUUCAGUGGCCGAAGACAAUUCAUUCCGGUCUCUGCUCAUGGGCGAACCUGGACCGGAAGUACGCAUCUCGAUGGACUACGAUAUUCCCUCUCUCACUUCCAGCACAUCGACUAUGACAAGAGAGAGCGGGUUCCAUCCACAAGCGCGUCCUCAGCCGAGCGUACUACGUGACCAGCGACCGGUUUCUGUCUCCUCGGCGGCAUUUGGUCGUCGGCGAUCCAGCCUUAUCAGCCUCAGCCGACUCAUCAGCAGCUCCCAUGGAGAGCGCAGCAAGCUCUCCACAGAGCUGACAUUUGAAGAGGCGGAGAGCAGAGCUGCGCGUAGCAGCAAGACGAAGAAGUUGGGGCGAAUGAUGCAGUUCUGGAAGCCAAACAAGCCUGGGCCCUCUACGUGA